AGGUAACUUAGCGGGCGUGGCGAGGAAGUAAAUGUUAUAAAAUUUAAUUUACUUUAUUUUUAUGAAAUCGCUUUACGCGAUACAUUUCUUAAAACCUUUCCGAGUAAUCUGUUUGAAUUUAAUUACAUUACAUUGACAAAUCUUCUUCCAUUAAGGGUCUAUCGUCGAAUAACAACAGGACAUUACCUCCUUGAGCUUUUAUUCAUGUGCACUUUUAUUGCAUCAAAUACAAAAUUGUUUGGUUCAUUUACUGCAUAAUAUUUACCUUGACGUGCCAAACUUUUAAGUAAACAUAAAAUUGUUGCUGCAUAUAGAAACGUGACUAAAUCCUUAACAGAGAGUUGUCCUGAUGACGGAAAUUCAUAAUUUUGGUGUUGAUCCUAUAACCUGUCAUGCAUGGAACAAUGACAGGACUCAAUUAGCUCUGGCUCCUAACAGUAAUGAAGUUCAUAUUUACAAAAGAGAGGAUGAUAGGUGGACCUGUAAAAAUGUACUUUCUCAGCAUGAUCUAAGAGUUACAAGUAUAGACUGGGCUCCUACUACGAAUCGUAUCGUAACUUGUUCAGCAGAUCGUAAUGCUUAUGUAUGGACUAAGGCUGAUGAUAGUUGGAAACCAACUUUAGUUUUACUUCGCAUAAACAGAGCCGCAACCUGUGUGAGAUGGUCACCUAAAGAAAAUAAAUUUGCUGUGGGAUGUGGAGCUCGUUUAAUAUCGGUGUGUUACUUUGAAGAAGAAAAUGAUUGGUGGCUGAGCAAACACAUCAAAAAACCCAUUAAGUCAACAGUUACUUGUAUUGACUGGCACCCAAACAAUGUUUUACUUGCUUGUGGCUCUACAGAUUUCAAAACAAGAGUGUUUUCUGCAUACAUUAAAGAAAUUGAUGAUAGGCCUGAAGCAACUGUUUGGGGAAGCAAAAUGUCUUUAGGACACAUGAUGGCUGAUUUUCCAAACAAUGGAUGGGUGCAUUGUGUUAGUUUCUCUGCUGAUGGAUCCAAGCUGGCUUGGGUUAGUCACGAUAGCACGAUAUCAGUGUGUGAUGCAGAGAAUAAUAUGAGUUUAAUAACUGUCAAAACACAGUUCCUGCCCUAUCUCACUUGUGCCUGGGCUUCUAAUUCUGGUAUUGUUGUUGCAGGUCAUGAUUGCUGUCCUAUGUUAUUUAAAUAUGAUGCUGGAAAGCUGACUUUUGUUACUAAAUUAGAUAAAUCACAGAAAAGAGAAGUUGAUGGCUUUAGUGCCAUGAGGAAGUUCAGGGACAUGGAUAAGCGUGCCAUAGUAGAAAACAAUGUAGAUACUUUAUUAGAUACAAUACAUCAAAAUGCCAUUAACAGUUUAACAAUAUAUUCUGGAAGUAAAUUAGGUAUUUCAAAAUUAUGUACUGCUGGAAUGGAUGGAAAAAUGGUGAUCUGGAAUUUAAAGGCUUUAGGAGAAAUGCUACCAAGUGAAAUGUAGUGUGAUAAUUAAAUUUUUACUAAAAUCAAGUUGAAAAAAACCUCCAUUCUUCCCUAUUGGUGCUGCCUUAUGGAAAGAGUUAUUAUCUCUUACCUUGGCGCUUGUUGAUUAUCUUCUAGUUGAUUGACUGGAGAGUGGACAAUGACAUCAUCGGAAGAGGCACAAUUCCACUCACGUUGCCAAGAUGACCCAUAAGUAGGGUUGCUCUUGCUGAGAUUAUAUCAUGGAUUAUUGAAGACGUAUUUUGCUCAUCAAGACCAUUGAAAUUACUUUUCACUUAAGUAUAUGUGUGACACAAUUAUUUUGAUCUUCCUACACAUACAGUGCAAUUUCUAGGUUAUCAUCAUCUAUCACAGAAUGAAGAACAUGUUCCUUAAUGGAACAAAAAAGAAUCAACUAAGAUUAGAACUGUACCAACAGCCCUACUCAUUGGUCAUCAAGAUUGUUCUCUGGAGUUCUUGGUUGUCUCCAAGUUCUUGAAUAAUUUUUCAAUUGCUUCCAGUUUGUUUUGUGUAUCUUCACAAGUUUUGUUUAGCUGUGAUUUUAUAAUGCUAAUUUUAAUAAUUAUCAAAAAUCUGGUUGUUAAUAUUUUGUAUUUUAUAACAAUUGUUUCAGUUUAAUGUUCUAAACAGAAUCAUUAUUUAUUUAUUCCUCUUUUUGAAGUUUAUUCCUUAUUGAGUAUUUUUACAAAGUUUCUUUUUUAUUGUAGCUGCACAAUCAACAAUCAAGACAAGUCAGCGUUUUCAAUUAUUUAUGUACUGCAUAAUUUUAAUGAUAUUUUAAAUCAUUGAUUUUCAAUCACAUUUGUUUCAAUAUGAAAUCGUUUUCAUUUAAGCAAUCACUGUACUUAAGUGAUUUUUUUAAUUUCAUUACCUUGUAGGUAUAC